GUGGUUUUAUUUGUGCCCGUCAUUCUCCGGUAGCGACAAACAACUCAUCGUUUUGCCUCAAAUCAGUCUCUAAACCGAGUAAAUUACAAUGUUGAACAACUACAAUUGCAUGGCGCAGCCCCUGUGGCAGAAUGGACCCGUUCCCGGCGAGUUUUACAACUUUACGGGCGGACAGACUGCCGUCCAGAAGUUGCCCCGCGAACUGACCACAGCGGGUCCUUAUGGAACCAAGCACAACACAUCUUCCAUUACCACGGGCUCCUCCGUUUUGGGCAUUCGCUACGACGAGGGCGUGAUGCUCGCCGCCGACACAUUGGUGUCGUACGGAUCUUUGGCCCGCUACCAGAACAUCGAGCGUGUCUUUAAGAUCAACAAGAACAUUUUGCUCGGUGGCAGCGGUGACUUCGCCGACAUCCAGUCCAUCAAGCGCAGCAUCGACCAGAAGAUGAUCGAGGAUCAGUGCUGCGACGACAACAUCGAGAUGAAGCCCAAGUCGCUGGCCAGCUGGAUGACCCGAGUGCUCUACAAUCGGCGCUCCCGCAUGAAUCCACUCUACAUCGAUGUGGUGGUGGGUGGCGUGGACAACGAAGGAACUCCGUACCUAGCCAACGUGGAUCUCCGCGGACGCUCAUACGAGGACUAUGUGGUGGCCACCGGCUUCGCACGUCAUCUGGCCAUUCCGCUUGUGCGUGAGAAGAAACCCAAGGACAGGGACUUUACCGCCGUAGAGGCUUCCCAACUGAUCCGCACGUGCAUGGAAGUGCUAUACUACCGCGAUACCCGCAACAUUUCCCAAUACACGGUGGGCGUGUGCAGCGCCAACGGAUGUGGCGUGGAGGGGCCUUUCCAGGUCAACGAGAACUGGACGUUCGCCGAAACCAUCAAGGGAUACUAGAAUUUCCGAUCCUGAAUGAACGUAGUUUAGGUCUAGCUCGGCGGUUUUUGUAUGCAUUAAAAAUCACUUCUCCAAGGAAAAUUUGGUUACAUGAUAUAUUAAAAAUAAAUGUGGCUAAAAAAUA